AUGGAUGAAACACAUAACAACAGGACUUCUUUGGUCAAAGGCGCCAAGGACAUUGCUAAAGAGGCCAAGAGGCAUGCUGCCAAAAAGGUUAGCAGAGCUGUCGACCGUGCCUCAGAUGAGUAUUCAUCUCAUCGCAACUACAGCCGUUUCCAGAAUGAGGAUGAAGAGGAGGACGAUCACAAUGAUUAUACCCAGCAAGACAACCACUACACUGGCAACGCCGCCAAUGAUGACGAGGGGGCUUCCAGUGAUGCCACAGAGGGGCAUGAUGAUGAAGAUGAGAUCUACGAGGGGGAGUACCAAGGGGUGCCUGCCUACAGCAAUGGAAAGCCAAGCCAUGGACAGGUGGCUCUGGGCCAGCCUGUCUCAGACAGCCUGAAGGGCCGCAAGGAGCUGGAAAAUGAGAGACAGGCGGACGAAGAGGAGCUGGCCCAGCAGUAUGAGCUGAUCAUGCAGGAGUGCGGCCAUGGGAGAUUCCAGUGGCAGCUGUUCUUUGUACUCGGACUGGCGCUCAUGUCAGAUGGUGUGGAGGUGUUCGUAGUUGGCUUUGUCCUGCCCAGCGCUGAGACAGACAUGUGUGUGCCCAACUCUGGCGCUGGAUGGCUUGGUAGCAUCGUGUAUCUGGGGAUGAUGUUUGGAGCCUUUUUCUGGGGGGGUCUAUCAGACAAGGUGGGCCGUAAACAGUGCCUGCUGAUCGCCAUGUCUUUCAAUGGCUUCUUCGCCUUCCUGUCCUCCUUCGUCCAAGGCUACAGCAUGUUCCUCCUCUGCCGCAUGGUGUCUGGCUUUGGGAUUGGUGGAGCUGUACCAAUUGUGUUCUCCUACUUUGCGGAGGUGUUGGCCCGGGAGAAGAGAGGAGAGCACCUGAGCUGGCUCUGUAUGUUCUGGAUGAUAGGAGGAAUCUACGCCUCGGCCAUGGCCUGGGCCAUCAUUCCACACUACGGCUGGAGUUUCAGCAUGGGUUCAGCCUACCAGUUCCACAGCUGGAGAGUGUUUGUGGUGGUGUGCGCUCUACCGUGUGUCUCUGCAGUGGUAGCCCUUACUUUUAUGCCUGAGAGCCCUCGCUUCUACCUAGAGAUGGGUAAACAUGACGAGGCCUGGAUGGUGCUCAAACAGAUCCAUGACACCAACAUGCGCGCCCGCGGAGAGCCUGAGAGGGUCUUCACUGUGAACAGGAUAAAAAUCCCCAAGCAGCUGGACGAGCUGGUGGAGAUGCAGAAUGAGUCAGCCAACCCUGCAGCCAAGGUCCUGUUCAGGAUCAAGGCCGAGCUCAGAGGAAUCUGGUUGACUUUUAUGAGAUGCUUCAACUAUCCAGUGAAAGACAACACAAUGAAACUGGCUGCUGUCUGGUUUACUCUCUCGUUUGGGUACUAUGGGCUGUCUGUGUGGUUCCCCGAUGUCAUCAAGCACCUGCAGGCGGACGAGUACGCCUCCAGAGUGAAGAUUCACAACAACGAACGCAUCGAAGACUUUACCUUCAACUUCACCCUGGAGAACCAGAUCCACAAAAAUGGAGUCUUCCUGAAUGACAGGUUUAUCAGCAUGAAGUUCAAGUCGGUCACCUUUAUUGACUCCUCUUUCCACAAUUGUUAUUUUGAAGACGUCUCCUCAGUAGGAUCUUUCUUCAACAACUGUACCUUUGUGGACUCCUACUUUUACAACACGGAUAUUGAUGACUCCAAGCUACUGAAUACAAGGGUGAUCAACAGCUCCUUCUACCACAACAAGACAGGCUGUCAGAUGACGUUUGAUGAUGACUACAGCGCCUACUGGGUGUACUUUGUCAACUUCCUGGGAACGCUGGCCGUGUUGCCUGGAAACAUCGUGUCUGCCCUUCUCAUGGACAAAAUAGGGCGGCUUAGCAUGUUAGGAGGCUCCAUGGUGCUGUCGGGCAUCAGCUGCUUCUUCCUUUGGUUUGGCACCAGUGAGUCCAUGAUGAUCUUCAUGCUGUGUCUCUACAACGGCCUCAGCAUCUCUGCCUGGAACUCCCUGGACGUCGUCACCGCCGAGCUCUACCCAACAGACAGGAGGGGCACGGGCUUCGGUUUCUGCAAUGCCAUGUGCAAGCUGGCCGCGGUGCUGGGCAACCUGAUCUUUGGCUCUUUGGUGGGCAUCACCAAGGCUAUCCCCAUCCUGCUGGCGUCAUCUGUACUGGUCGGCGGGGGGCUGGUGGGGCUGCGGCUGCCAGACACACGUGCCAACGUUCUCAUGUGA